AUGCAAGAUUUUCGUAAUUUGAUGCCUCACAGCAAAUCCGAUAACAAAUUGGAUAAGCGGAUGAGUCUGGUGCUGAUCAAUGAGAUCGCCGAAAUUGCGAACUGCAGCAAAUGCUUGUACUUCGAAAACAGAAAGCAUACUACAUUCAGCACGCCAGACCAUCAUCCUAGAAGCAAACCAUUCAUCGAUCAUGUCUUCACAUUUUCAUUAACACCGGACGGGAAGAUAUGGUUUCGGAACUUUCAAAUCGUUGAUGAAACACUGGAGCUUCAGGAAAUUGGACCUCGUCUGGUACUCGAGGUAAUUCGUGUCUUUGAUGGCUCGUUUGAAGGAUCGGUGCUGUAUGACAACCCCGAUUAUGUCAGUCCAAAUACAAUUCGAAGGGAAAUCAAGAAGAAACACUCGAAUAAAUAUAUACUGAAGAAGCAGGCUGAGAUGGGACGUCAGGCGAAGCUCGCCGAACUUGCAGCAGUGGAACUACCUGAUCCAGUGGGAGAAAUUUUCGACACUGAACGG